AUGAAUGACUUGUGCGAAUUCCACAAGACCACUUUUUCAUCUACUAACCGUAUUCUUUUCUAUGCAGGAACCCCGGGUGACCAGGAGUUUAUUCGUUUAAUGGAGUUACUUGAUAGACUUAUUCUGGACUUAGAUGCUGUCGACACACAGGGUGUGGAGGCUCUCCGUAACAGACGUCGGCAGGCUGUGAGAGAAAUCCAGUGUCUCAUUGAGAUGCUUGAUUUUCGAGCUCAGACUUCGUCGGCCCGCAAUUUGGACACUAAUGCUUUAGGUCCUUGCAGUGACUGUGGUGGCUGUAACAACGGCGACAAUGGCAAGGGGAGCAACACAAUUCAUCAGGACGCGUCUACCCAACAAUCAUCCCAGUCAAUGCUAAUCCCCGUUUCAGAAAGGAGUAACACCUCACUUGUUUCGCAAUGA